CUAAAACAAAAGAAUUAAAAAGUACUAUUGAUUUUAACCAACUGGAUUAUGUCGAGCGGACACGGAGUUUUCUUCUAAGCUUCCAAAAUUUCUUUAGUUAGUCAAAAAAUGCGUUCAUUAAACAAAUUGGGCAGCCCUUGUUUCUCCGACACGCAGUACAACCUUAGAAGCACAUGUCAAAUACCUUCUUCCAAAUCAAAAAAAAAAAAAAAAAAACUCUUAUUUAGAUACUUGCAAUCUCUCAUUCAAUCAAACCAUUUUCAUUUCAGAUCAGUCAGUCAUUUUGCCUCGUCAUCCACGAGAAACCACCACAUUUCCUUCAAUAUGAGAUUCAGACACCAUCCCUAUCAUAGAAAAAUUUAUUAAAAAAAAAAUCAUCCCACUCCCAAGUCCCAACCAUUUAAGUAGAAGAAGAAAAAAAUCCUUAGCCCAUCAGUGAGAGACCAUACCGAUCGAUCCAAUCUAAAACAUCAAAUAUCUCCCAUCAUUUUCCAACCCUUCUCAAAUCUCAACCCACAAACAACUACACUGUACCAACCAUGGAUUCUUCUUCUUCUCCAACUGAUGUUCAUCAACCGCUCUUGCAAAAUUACAGUGACUCAAAUGUUCAAACCUCUAACAAUCAUCAUCAUGUAACCAGCGAUGAACUGGAGAUUACACUGACGAGUUCCGAGCUGACAUGGAUGCAACGUUACCGGGCGGCGACUUGGAUCGAAGCCAAGUACCUGUUCUAUCUCGCAGCUCCGGCAAUUGUUGGCUACCUCAUCAAUUACUUCAUGUCUAUGUCCACCCAAAUCUUCUGUGGUCAUCUUGGCAAUCUCGAACUCGCUGCCAGUUCACUUGGUAACACUGGGAUUCAAAUUUUCGCUUUCGGCCUAAUGCUUGGAAUGGGAAGUGCAGUGGAGACAUUAUGUGGGCAAGCAUUCGGGGCAAAGAAAUACGAUAUGCUGGGAGUUUAUCUCCAACGAUCAACAAUCCUGCUCACCGUAACCGGACUUGUUCUGUCUCUGAUCUACAUCUUCUCCAAACCGAUCCUCAUCUUCCUGGGCCAAUCGCCGGAAAUCUCAUCGGCGGCGGCCAUCUUCGUGUACGGCCUAAUCCCACAAAUCUUCGCCUACGCCGCCAAUUUCCCAAUCCAGAAAUUCCUGCAGGCACAGAGCAUCGUGACCCCGAGCGCGUACAUCGCCGGGGCAGCGCUGAUUCUGCAUCUGGGUCUGAGUUACAUCGCGGUUUACAAAUUUGGGUUGGGAUUAUUGGGGGCCUCCUUGGUUCUGAGCGUGACCUGGUGGUUGAUUGUUGUGGGUCAAUUCGUUUACAUCAUCAAGAGCGAGAAAUGCAGAGAAACCUGGACCGGGUUCAGCUCUCAGGCGUUCACAGGGCUAUGGAGUUUCUUCAAAUUGUCAGCGGCUUCUGCGGUGAUGCUGUGCUUGGAGACUUGGUACUAUCAGUUUCUUGUUCUAUUGGCUGGAUUGCUACCUAACCCUGAAAUUGCAUUGGACGCACUCUCCAUUUGCACUACUGUUUCUUCAUGGGUUUUGAUGAUCUCUCUGGGAUUCAACGCUGCUGCUAGUGUUCGAGUAAGCAAUGAAGUUGGGGCUGGACAUCCAAAAUCAGCAGCAUUCUCAGUGCUGGUGGUGAAUGCCAUUUCACUUAUCCUCACUUUGAUUGCCGCUGUUGUCGUUCUUGCUUUCCGUGACAUCAUUAGUUACGCCUUCACCGAAGGAGAAACCGUGGCCGCUGCCGUCUCAGAUCUUACUCCUCUCCUUGCUUGGACCAUCAUUCUCAAUGGUCUCCAGCCAGUCUUGUCAGGUGUGGCUGUUGGAUGCGGAUGGCAAACCUUUGUUGCGUAUGUGAACGUGGGAUGUUAUUAUUUUGUUGGAAUUCCACUGGGUUCACUUUUGGGCUUCUACUUCAACCUUGGAGCUAAGGUGAGUUCAGAUUUGUCCAAUUUAGUACUACAACUAGUCAAGUUCAAGCAUAUAUACAUGUUUGGUUCUGUAAACCCUGUUGAUUCUAUCACUAGUGCGCAUAAUAUGACAGAGACCAUGAAUUAAGAGAGACAGAUCGAAUCAUAUCUGUUUUUCACGAUGAUUUUAACAAUUCUUGAUGGUGUCUAGUUACGGUUUCUUAACGUUUUUAAUCUACUGCCAAAUUUGUAGGGAAUAUGGUCCGGAAUGAUUGGUGGUACCUUGAUGCAAACAGUUAUUUUGCUGUGGGUCACAAUUCGAACUGAUUGGAACAAGGAGGUAAAAUGAUCAUCCCGCUAAUUGUCAAUUGAUUACUAUUUGGGACGGAGGGAGUAUAAACUAAUAGCGCUGUUAAUGAAUGUAACAUUAAUUUUCUUUUUAAUGCUUUUGCAGGUUGAAACAGCUUCUAGGAGAUUAGACACAUGGGAUGACAAGGAAGAAGAACCACUUCUCAAAUGAAAAAACUAAGUACAUUAACGGUUAAAUAUGUUUUUGUGUUGGACAUCAAUGAAGUCCUGAAGAAAAAUUAUAGGCUCAAGAAAGAGAAGAAAAAUCUUGAGAGUUUACCCUCAUCAUUCCCAUUGGUCAUGUUGAGAGGACAUAAAAUAACUAGGUUUUGAGCAUGAUUUGUUGUGGCCUAGCUACAUAAUUAGAUUUUUGGUUUCCACGAUUGUUUAAUUUUAAUUAAUGAGAAAUUUUGAUCGUUAUAUAUAUAUAUAUAUAUAGAUUUCUCUUAUCAAUUUUGAUUCGAGGGCAAGAAAAAAGAGUAAGUAGCUGUAAUUGAAUUUAUUUAUUAUUUUUCCCCUUUGUAAGUGUUCAUCACUUCUUAAACGUCUGAUUUGUUUUUCUUUUGUAGUUGCCUUAUUUAUAGUAGAG